AAUAAAAUGACAUUCAACCAGUUUAGAUGUCUACAUACCCGUUGAAUAUGAUGUUGCGACACUUGCUAACUUACGUACGUUCAUUUUGCUCAAUUCGAUAUGUAGUUAAAUUCUUACCAACCGGUUCGUUGGCUCCGAGAUUAAAUAUUUAUAGUCAUGUAUUAUUAAGUAAAAAUGCAAAACAAUAUGAUGAUUGUGAGUGUUCGUCAUCAGAUUCCAAUGUGUUAUAUACUUCAAGUUACACAGAUCUUAUUAACAGUAAUGAUGAUAAUUAUGACGAACAAAAUCGGAAUUUACAUUUAACUUCUUUACCCUGUCAUAAUAAAAAUCGAGAUACUGUUUUAAAUUCAUUUUCUAUUUCUAAUUCACGUAAAAAUUUUAAAAAUUACCAAGAGUCUAACAUUCCAGUGUAUUAUGUUGGUUCAUUUUCCAAUAUAUAUACUAGUUCACCAAAUUCUGGAAUAAAAUCUUUAAAAAACAAUUCUGGUGAUAAUGAUAAUCAGAAAUUAAUUAUGAAAUCAUCAAACAAAAUACAGUACAAUAAUUCUAGGUAUCGUCGAAAAAAUAAAAGAGGAAAGCGCUUUAAAGAUUCUACUAAAAAUAAUGGCAAAUUGUAUGAUGAUAAUAAUAGUACUUCAGACACUACAGACAACUCUGAUGAACAUUUUCAUUCAUCAUCUAGAUCGAAUCGUAUUUCACAAUUGGAAGCUGAACUUUCUCGUUUAAGAUCACAAAUCGCUCAAUUAAUUCUAGCUCAAGAAUUAGGUAAAUCAAGCACAUCUGACGUGGAUCGAGAUCGUUUUCUUCAUCGUCCAGAUGCAGAUGGUGAGAGCGAUACUGCCACUACUACUGCUGCCGUCGCUGCCACAGGAUCACCUAGCCUGAUGCAACAUGAUAAAACAAAGUUUUACAACAAUUUGUCAGAAUUUCCUAUUCCUUCAGCUAGUUCAACUUCAACAUCACUAUUACUACCUCCACCACCAAUACCCCCUCCACCGCCACCACCACCACCGCCGCUCAUGAUUUCUUCACCUGGACUACAAGGAGAUAGUAGUAAUUGGAGAGAACAAUUGCAAGCAAGGUUAAGAAGUAAAAAGAAUAAUUCCACGGAUAAAUCAUCUACGCCAAUGAAAAGUAAUUUGUCAACAUCACAAAAUCCCGCCGAUAUGUCACAAGUAUUGAAAGAACUACAAAGUGGAUCUAUUAAACUACGCUCAAUACCAAGAUCACCUGGUGGUACACCGAUAAAACAAAAACAGUCUCCCACAAUCAGUGGCUCUGAUCCAUGUGCAAUUAUCGCUCGAGCAUUACACUCUAAAUUUUCACAUCUUCGUUCUGUAAUGGAAAAUUCUAUUAGUGAUGAAGAAAGAAACUGUCAGUCGAAUAUUCAUCUUGACUCUGGUUUAGGACCUGGAUGUGAAGAUAUUUGGUCACCCAAACGUAAACCCAACAGUUCUCAUUCAUUGAUUUUUGGCCAGCACAUUCUCCGCCCAGUCAAUCGACGUACAGACAAAACCAAUUAAAACAUUCAACUUAUUCCUACGAUGUACUAAUUGAAUGUUACAACUUUCACAUCAAUUAUUAUUUUACAGAUCCUAAUUAUAUACCCUAUCAUACCUUGCCUACUCUUUCGGAAAAACUAUGAGCAUUAAAAUAAAUUGCUCUGCUUCAUA